AGCCUGUCGUCAAAUUCGGACAACACGACAGCCAGCUAACGAUUUCGGUGCCUUGGUCUCUACGCGACUCGACCUGCGUCAUGUCUCACACACCUGUCUUGAGAGUUUGUUAAAUACGCGCAGCAUUGCGCUUACCUAACCACCCACCAAGACCGUCUCCCCCACCAGCCCCACGAUCCUCCCAUCCCACGAUGCGUCUCUUCCUGCUGCCCAUAUCCACGCGUCGCUCCCUCAUCUACUGCGAGAAACUGCACGAGAAAGCCCCCAAGGAUCGCUCCUACUAUGACAAGAUCACCAUAAAAGCCAAUGAGACCUGGGUCGCCUGGGAGAAAGAUGAAAAGGCCAUCUGGGACUGGAAGAAGAAAGUCACCUUCUACGGCAACCAGGCCCUGAAGCGCAUACCCUACGAGGAAUGGGGGCUCAAGACCAUACCCGCCCUCACGGCGAAGCGGAGGCAGGACAUUGUGGACGGAAAGGCAAAAUAUGAGGUCCUGUUCCCUGGAAAGUACCUGCCGCAAGAGAGAGUGUCUGGGCUGCUGGAGAAGCUGGCAAAAGAGAGGCAGAACAUGCACCGCACCAAACUCAUCUGGAGCGUCGUCAUCAUGCCCUUCACCGCGCCCUUCAUGCUCGUCCCCGUCAUUCCCAAUCUACCCUUCUUCUACGUCCUCUACCGGGCAUGGAGUCAUUGGAAAGCCUUCAGCGGCUCCAAGCACCUCGAAUUCCUCCUCAAGCACAACCUCCCUACCCCUGCUCCAUCAGGCACGCUCGACCAAGUCUACACAGCCGGACUCAUGUACCCAACUCGCGCGCUCUCGCGUGCUGCUCCCGACCCAACCCCACAACAAGCCCAGCAGGUCGCCAAUGUCGUGCACCAGCAGACCAACAACGAGACUGAAGACGUCAUGGUUUUGCAACGGUGGAACGGAAAGCUCAUCGCCGAGCAAUUUGACCUACCCGACAUGGAGGUUGAGAUUGAGCGCGCUGUCGAACAAGUCGAGAAUGCUAUCAAGUCAAAGGAGAAGAGGAUAGAGGAGAAGCUGGAGCAGGAGAAGGCUGCUGGGGGUAACGGCACAAGGGCGAAAGACGCACUGCCUGAGGACAUCCUGGAGAAGAUACACGACAAAGCUGAAGAUGUCGCUGAAGAGGGCAAGCAGAAGGCGAAACGAGCAGCCAAGUCAUGAUCCCAUAUCAUGUCCCAACGAGGUACGAUAUCAUGGUUCAAGAUUCACAAACAGCAUGGGCGUUGGAGGCUAUAUAUGUACUAUAUCACAUAGAGUGUUGACAUCUGUAUGAUUGGAUGCUUUAUGAAAAUAACGAUAUACGAUCAAUCUCUUUAUUGACGGACUGGUGACAUGGUAGCCGGGAUGUCUCCAA